AUGAACAACGGUAAGCGCAGCUUAAACAGUUGCAAUGUGCCGGACCGAGCGGCAAGGCGUUUUGAGUCUCCUUUCGCUGGUACCAGGAGAGGCGAUGAGGGCCGAGUCGGCAAGAGAAUUAACACAGCGGUGCGACAAAGAUUGCAGACACAAUUGAGGCUAGAGCAGCGGCUUCAGACGAUGCAGGAGCCAGAGGAGGCGGUGCAGUGGGCGCAGUCGUUUGUGCGGCGAAGCAGGGCGCUCCUUGGCCGGCUACGAGAUGAAGACAUGGAGCUGCAACGGCAGCUGUCGAAGGACUGGAGACAGCGUGUGGAGCAGGCGGCUCAUGUGGAGCGGAUUCUUGCGGACGAUUCGGACACGGGUGGGAGGUACGACGCAGCCCCAUUGCCUACGCACGAGGAGAUAGCAAUUGAGAGCGAUGGGAGCGCAAAUUCUAUGCGGCUGGAGUUUGAGCUUGAUGGAUCACAAGAGGAACUGGGCUACCUGCAGGCGCAUGCCCAGGGGGCACGUCGCGACAGUUCGCCCGAGGACAAGAUAUCUAGCUAUAGCAGUGAAUCAUCGGGAAUCGGCGGAUUCGGCAGCAGCGAUUAUGAGGAGCAGGGCGCGCAAAGCGAGGAAUAUGCUGCAAGCAGUCGCGGAGAUGAGGCUCUGCAGUUGCUGGCGCUCCAGGCGAUAGACAGUAUGAGUGCAGUCACGAAUGAUCAUGGUCUUCGGCAAGACCAGCUGGUAGGGUCCUUAGCGUUGCCAGAAAACAUUGAUAGUGCGUCAGAGUUCGAGUAUGAUAUUGCGAGUGCCAGUCCGAGCGGGGAGCUCCUGCUGGGCUCGCCUGAUUCAGUGGCAAAAAUGGGGAGCAGCGGCAUGAAUACACCUACGAGUGCCGAGACAGCUUCCCCUGAGGCUAGCGAUGAAGAAAUAGCGGAUGCGGCCCCACCCCAACAACUAUACAGCCACUUGGUGAGCGACUCUGACAGGAGUCCAGAUGCAGAGUCCGACGGCAUGGACGAGGUAGCCGAUCAAGACGGUAUACAUACUGAAGAAUACACGGAUGCCUCGGAUGAUGUCAUCGAAGUUGAUGCUGAUCCGUACGAAGUCAGUCAGACGGAGAAUAAAAGCUCAGACCGCGACUAUGCCAGAACUGAGGCAAGUGACGAGAUAAUUGCAUCCCCUAUGAGCAGCGAUGGUACCUACUUUUCAUACCGGGAAGACACUGCUCCGCCGGAGGAGACCGCGCGUGCUGAAUUGGAGUCGCAAGAGCCUCGCACCUACCGCUUGAUCUACACAGGGUCAGCUUAUAGUGAGAAUUCACAGGAUGCAGAGCCGCCACACACAGAUUUCGCUGAAUACUCUUCCGCGUUCGCAGAAAAUCCAUUCAAGGAGGAAAAUCAGCAGAUAUGGGAUAGGGAAGCGUUGCAAACUUUAGUAAAACAGCUUCAUAUGAAAUACUCGGAUAGAACUGAAGCUGGUUCAGGUUCGAGCCCACUGCAGCCUUCAAAAGAACAGGGACAAGACACCGACAUGGUAACUUCCUCAUCCAGCGUCGCUCAAGGCCUAUCCACCGUGCCAACGAUUGCAGCUCCAGCCAUUUCUCCAGAGGCCCAAACAGCAGUUGGCUCAAGUGAUGCUUCGAGAUCUUUGCAGAUCUCGGCUGCCCGACUGGCUGAACAGCCAAUAACAGCUUCUAUGACUCCUGAAAGAACUGUGACUCAGAACGAGCUCCCAUUUAAGACCGUCAAAGAAAAAGGCAUGGUAGUAGCAGAUCUAGUUACCGAUGAUUCUCUGGGUGAAAAUGGCUUGGUUGUUGAACAAGUAUCUGAGGAGUCCUCGUAUAAUGGUAGUCCUGAAGUCAUGCAAGAUCCUGAACUUUUGGUAGAAGCAGUCCCUGAUAAGUUAGAGGUACAUGAAGUCGCUAGCAUUAUACAAGAUGGGAUAUUAGCGUCCUCAUCAAUGAAGACAUCAGUAGAUCAGCAUAAUGAGAAAUGCAACACUUCCACAGAAAAUUCAGAACCUACAGAACACAUUGAGUCGCCAAGCGACACAGUAAUAGAUAGUGGUGAACAAAUAGAUGCUGAACCGUCCACUUCAUCAAGGGAUAUCAGCCAGAGGCUACCUACUGAGGGUCCUAGUGAUAAAUCUGUCGCCAGCAGUGAAAAUGUUUACCAGGAAGGUGGCCAGUUCAUUGGUCAAAUGGAGUACGAUACAAAGAAAGAUGUUGAAUACCAUGACCAAUCUCCCCAUAGAAAUGAAAGUUCUUCAGAAGGGACAAGUAAGAUAGUUCCGGUGAUUGAGCGUCCGGAAUCCGUAGCUAACUCAAGUUCAGGUGUUAAUCAGUCACCAUAUUUUGGAUCUAGUGGUACUGAGACACAUAUUUACUCUGCUGUCGCUCCAAUAAAGGGAAAAGAUAUAGACAAGGACGAUAAUGGUGUCUUUUCUUCACCCACUGGAACUCACCUUUGCAAUAACUCUAGACCGGUUGAGCAGGCACAGCAUCGCCAGUUUGCCCCAAAAUUGGAGGAUCUAUGCGAACGUCAGUCGUCUUCUUCUGAAGACCAGCAAAAUACAGACAUGAACUCUCAGAGUAAAACUUCCGUCUUGGAUCAAGCGACUAUCGGGACCAUUGAAGAGAGGCGCGUAGCAUCUGGCCAUUCAGUGCCGGGAACUCCAGAGAGCGAUGCUGAAGAGUUUUUACUUGCAGAAUCUGAACAUGAAGUGUCAGAUAAAUUGAUGGGAGCUGCGCUUCAGUCGGAAGCAGUCGCUGCAACACCAUUUAAUAAAGCAGUGCCUGAGCAGAGCACGGCGGUGGCUGCAGAAGGGAGUCUCCUUGGUACUCCUGAGGAACCGGCAAAAGUGUCACCCGUUUCUGAUGGGGUGGAGCUCUAUGAAUUGAAAGAUAAGCAAGGGGGUAAAGGAUGUGCUGUUUCCUCGACUGGUAAAUAUCAAGAAGUCGCAUUGAUACAAGAAGAUGCAGAGCUAUUACCUUACCUAGUCGAAAAGCCGACGUCGGAAAUUGUUUUUGAAGAGCCAGUCCCUUUCUCGGAAUCAUCCGCUAAGGCCAUUAUAAAUUCCAUAAAAGAGCGAGAAACAUACUCGCGCUCUGCGUCUCGUGAGGUUAAAAGUAGUGUUUUUGGAGGGGAACACUUAAACGAUCUUGAUAACGUCGUAUUUGAGCACCCAGCUGAGCUUGACCUUGAAGUACCCUUGAAUUCCGUUUUGGAGGAGUAUCGUCAUGAUGUUGACCCAUCGACUAGUUUUGAAGAUCAUAAUGAAAACCAAUCAUAUGAAGCUGAGGUUUUAGACAUCCCAUGUGUGGGCACUUUGUCAACAUUGGCCGCUAGAACCAACACACUAAAGGAUGGUAAAAAAUCGGAGGUAGAAGACGAUAUCGCUGGAAAAGGAAAAGGCUCAUCUUCUGAUCCAUCUUCUAUUAAUUCUCCCGAAAAAUCUGUUGCAUCAGUGGAAGACCAAGAAUCAGCAGAAUCAAGUGAUAUCAACAGCAAUACCAGCGCUGUUUCUAUGGAAGUUGAUGUUGCCUCUCAGUCAGAAAUACCAGUCGAAGCUGCCGUUGAUGAGCAUUCCCCUGACAAAGACAAGGUCGAAAGCUCUAGGCCUCAUUCUGCGGGGCGCCUAAUUGAAUACUCGGUUCAUUCCCUUGGUAGCCUGCUAGGCAAACUGAAGGGUGCUACAACUACUGCAAAAGAACUUGUCCAUCCUACAGGUGGUCAGGAACACGCUGCCCGAGAGGCUGUUGACCAGAUCGAGCAUACUUGUCCUGGGCGAUGGCUCGCUCAGACGGAUUCAAACAAUGUCUCGGAUAUAGAUCGUAAUGAAACGCCUGUUAAAGUUGAUCCCAUUGUUAUCCGCGAAAGUUCAGCUGCCCAACAGGAACCAAUUGUAAUUGAUAGUGAUGAGUAUGAAGGCGAACUGGAAGUCCAGUCUGUCCCUACCACUCCUAUCCGCUCAUCAGAGGACUCCAACCAAGAAGGAAUUAUUGCGCGAAUACGGGGCACCUUAAGUCGGUUGUAUCCUCCGACCAACACUGGCGAUACUGCUCCCAGAACACCUGUCUGCGAGCGUAUAUUCAUUGAAGACGACCACGCUCCAUCAAUAGCCCCUUCAGAUACACAAGCAGCUGCUCAACCUGUGGCAUCUGAUAUGGAACGCCUUAACCCACAAGCGAGUUCUCCGCGCAGUGCGUCCAGGCAUUUUGGUACCAGAACAGAAGAGACGCGGGAAAUCACUACGAAGUCACUGAUGGUUAGUGACGCUAGUGCUGCUACCGUGCGGAGCACCAAGGAAAAAAAGAGAAGUGUGCGUCGCCGAAAACGUCCAAUUAAUGACGACUCUGCCAUCCACGUAGGUAAGCGUAGGAAGGUGCAUGCAGACGAUUCAGUGACACCUCGUCCAACACAGGGAAAGCAGAGGAAGCGGUCAGGUAACUUGAAGUCCCAGAAGAAACAAAAAAGGAGGUUACGGCCCAGAACCAAGUAA